AUGUCUCAGCAAGAUCUUACAGCUAAGGAACCUCGUCCAGCUCCUGAGGCUCAGAAAAUCCUUGCUACUAAGAAACCUAAGCCGACUCUAUCGUCCACCGCAAGUACUAACGAUCAAAAUGCCCAAGUCUCUCCCCAAACUCAAGCCGCAAAAGCUCAAACUAACCCGCCUCCUACGAAUACCAUAGCAAGUUCUACUCUUGAGGGAACUCCUACUAGCGAAGCUCCUGGUACAAACCAAUUCCUUGUAGCAGCUCAGAGACUCGAUAACAAAAAGCCUAACAAACCUAUCCCAGCCGAGCAGUUUCUGAAGGAAACGGCUCCCGCCGAGGACGAAGAAUCUGACGAAGAAGAAAUCGAGACGUUCAAGCCAUACAACGAAGUUGGCGACGACACAUUAAACAAAAUCAGCGAUGGUGAUUAUGUCAACAAGUUAUGCAAUACGUUAUUUAAUCAGGGCUUCAAGCUUGUCAUCAAUACCGAAACAGCGGGCGAAUGGAUGGGCGUCAAAGGUGAAGCUAUACGCAAGCGUAUCAACAGACUCGGUGAUCGUGAUGGAAGUCAUUUCAUCUGUCCUACCGUUAGCAAGAAAGUCCCGGAUGUUGUUCUGCUCAAGAGAGACGGUACGUUCCACGACAUUCCUGUCACUGAUGGUUACUUGCACAAGAAAAACACUACCAUCGACCAAGAUACCCCCAACGCUGUGACUAAGCCUGCAAUUCGAAAGGUGAUCGUUCCCGCUCCAAUCUUACCGCCCAAGAAACGAAAGGCCCCAAAGAAACAAAAGGCCCCAAAGAAGCGAAAGUUGGGUGAGUGA